UGUAGAUGUACUUUAAAAUAUUUUCUUCAUCCGGGUACUUCGUGCGCAGAGUAUUGCGCAAAAAAUCAUAACUAUAGUUGUUAGACUUGACAAGUGAAGUUGUUUAGUACGCGACUAUAAAUAUAUGUGAUAUCUAUUUUGCAUGCAAGUGCUCUGUGGUAUUUCAAUUCUUUGGGUAGUAUUGUUUUAAUUAAAAAGUCUGGUACUAAUUAAGGUAGGUAGCAUCAAUUUAGGAUUGCAGUUAUAGAGAAACAAGUAUAUCUUCAAGUGUGUCUACAAUGCUAUUUCAUGAUGAGCAAAAUCUUGAAUGCCCACUAUGCAUGGAGCCUUUCGAAAUGGACGACUUUACAUUCUUUCCAUGCACAUGUGGCUACCAGAUUUGUCGGUUUUGCUGGCAUCGUAUUAGAACAGAUGAGAAUGGACUUUGUCCUGCCUGUCGAAAGCAAUAUCCUGAAGAUCCUGCAGAUUUCAAACCACUUUCACCAGAAGAGUGGCAAAAAAUAAAAAAUGAAAAACGUCUGAAAGAUCAACAAAAGAAACAAAAAUUAUCAGAAUGUAGGAAGCAUUUAGCUAAUGUUAGGGUUGUACAGAAAAAUCUAGUUUUUGUUGUUGGGUUACCAACAAGAUUAGCAGAUGCAGAAGUUCUAAAAAAGUUUGACUAUUUUGGGAAAUUUGGUAAAAUUCAUAAAGUAGUUGUGAAUCAAAGUACUUCGUAUGCAGGUUCUCAGGGCCCUAGUGCGAGUGCCUAUGUAACAUAUUGUAAACCUGAAGAUGCGUUAAGAGCUAUAAAAUGUGUAAAUAAUGUUCAAGUUGAUGGUAGGACCUUAAAAGCAUCUUUGGGAACCACAAAAUAUUGUAGUCAUUUUCUGAAAAAUCAACAGUGUCCCAAAACGGAUUGUAUGUAUUUACAUGAACUUGGUGACGAAGCUGCUAGUUUCACAAAAGAAGAUAUGCAGCAAGGUUUCAUUUUCAGGAAACAUCAAGAAUAUGAAAAGAAACUACAAGAACAAGUAUUAGGCAAUAAUAAUAAUAGGAAACAAGCAGCAUCUCCGACACCCCCACAGACUACCACAAGUUCUGCCAAAGAAUCUUGGCCAUGUCCUGUACAGAAUGUUAAAGAAUCUCGAUCGAACAGAACGAAAGAUUCUACACAAAGCCAGAGAACAGAAGGAAAGAACAAUCGUUCCAAAAAUAAACAUACAUCAGAAGGACAAAAAAGCAAAAAAAGCAAAAACAAAACUUCUGAAUCUGUACAGCAUCAUAACUCCUCAAAACACUCUACAAAAGAAGAUGGUAGUACCACACAAAAGAAAAGUCAAAAAGGAAAACAUAAAGAAACUACAGCAGCACAACCUUCUGGUCAUUCCCCUUUGCCAUCUCCAAGCAGAGAACUUUCUAUUUCAGAUGUUCUAGAAAUGAACCAAAAAAAUGCACAAACCACAUAUGUCUGCAUCACAGAACAGCAGAGCCAAUCAAAACCAGUCUCAGCCAGUAUCAAGAUAGCUCGAAGUGAAAGCCCGGUGUUGCCACCUUCACCUCUAUCUUCUUUGAGUUCCUCCUUUACACCUUUUGGGAGCUUAUCUAGUAAUUUUCUCUCAUCAUCUUCUCCUUCUCCUCCGCCCAGUAACAGCAACCCCCCUUCCUUCGGGUCUUUGAGUGGUUCUUCAAAUGCUAAUGAAGAAACAUCUCCUGUGAAUACAUUUGUUUCCUCGCAGCAAAUCGGGGAGCAGAAGCGCCAGUCACCACAUCCAGUCUUUGUCUCUGUGGAAAAUAAUGAUUCUCUCUUUAGUCAAUUGAAUUACCACACCACAUCAGGCGAUGGUAGUUCUUAUAAUGGCCAUAUCUUCAAUGAAGAGCCAUGUAACACAGACAGCUCAGACUGGAGUUCAACUUUUUCAUUUGAAGAACCCCAGAAACCUGAAGAUGAUUUGGACUUUGAUCCUUGGAAUGAAUCAUCUAAAGGAUUAGCAGCUGUUAUUGCUGAAGAAAAUUCUGCAAUUAAUCCAAAUUUCUCGGAACUUCCAACACCUCCUGGAUUUUUCCAACCCUCAAAAGCCCCGGUGCCAAACCAGCAAAGGAUAUCUGUUCCCCCACCUGGUUUCUGUAGACAAGUUCCUCAGACAAACACUUUGUCUGGCAUGUAUGAUCCUUCAAAUUUAGAAUUCUUACAAUUGAAAGCACCACAAACAAGGCAGACUAUGAAUGGUUGCUCACAUUACUAUCUUCAAGAUCAAUUACAGAAUCCUAUGGAAGUUUCAAACCAUUAUAAACAACAACAAUUCCCCCCAACAAAUUCUCGUGAUAAUAAUUAUAUGGAAAAUCUUAGACUUAAGAAAAAUUUUGAAGAUCGAGUGCGCAAUCUAAUUCAAUCCGAUGCAUUUUACCAAUACUCUAGAAGUGUUAUGAAAAAUCAGAAUCAGAAUGGUCCAACAUGGAAUCAUCAACAGGGCAGAGAUAUUAACUGGUUGGCAAAUGAAACUAUGUUAAAUUCGGGUAAUUUGACAGAAGGUCAAAGAACUAAUACUGUUUGGUUAAAAGCUCUGCAACAACUUUCAAUUGAUGAAAAUCAAAUCCAUGGUCAUUCUCCCUAUGCAAACCCUUUUGCAUUAAGAGGACAAUGGGCAACUGCCCAGUGCCCUCCUCCUGGUUUUGUUGCACCCUCUAGGUCCCCAGUCAACACCCCUUUCCAGCACAUGCAAGUUAACCAGACUAACAGUGUCAGAAAUGGAAAUUUAUUAACCAACUAUGGAACUGGUAGUGAUUCACAUAACUGGACAGCAGCUCAGAGAUUUAUAAGGGCAUAAAUGCUUGAUUUGUUCUGCACUACUCCUUGGCAUGCCUUGGAUCAGAUCCCUUGUAUAAAACUGUAAGCUUAACUGUCCUCCCUGAUCCUUUAAAAAGUGCAUGAAUCCCGGUGAAUUUUGUGACACUCGCUUAUUAAUACUCAAAUCUUCCAUAAAUGCCAUAUAAGGAGAGUAUCGAAUAAUUUUUUAUUUUUGCUUUCACUUUUUUUUGUAUGAAUUAAUUGUAGAUAAUAAUAUGUAUAUUUUAUUGUUGAAUAAUAAUUAUCUUUGUAGUGUUUAGUGCUGAUUUUGAAGUGAAGAAAAAAAAAUAUGGUUCUUUUGUUUCUUUUACAGAAAUAUAAAUUUGCAUUUGCAUUCUGGAAAUUUGGCCUCGAUAAACUGGAACAGAUCACGGUGACAAAAUUGUCGUUGUU